AUGCCCAUCAGCACCGAAACUGCCACCAAUACCAACAGCAAUGCCAAGCCCAACCACCAGCAACAACAAUCACAUCAUAAUGCUUCAGACACGGAAAAGAAGCUCCAAUCCAAGCUGGAAUCUUACAAGCAUUUUGCACUGAAAAUGUAUCAUCAAGCACAGUUUUACUGGGACGCGAUCAAAGUCAAUUUAGUACAUCUGUGGCAAUACGAGGAGUUUAGAUUGGGAGUCUACGUUUUUGGGUUGCUCUCGGUUAUCCCUACAGCAUGCUUCCUGCUGUUUCUAGCCGUUGUUGUCUUGCUCAGCACUGUCGUAGCCAGCUUUAUAUGGACAUUUUUUGUAUUUUCAGCACUCACGCUUGGGUUGAUGGUCCUGGUGCCCAUCUUGAUGGCAUGCUCGGUUACAGUUGGAUUCUUUAUCGUUGGAUACCAUGUUUACUACUACUUGUUAGGAUUGAAACACGCAAACAAAAAGGCCGAUGAAUAA